AUGAAGUAAGUGGUGUCAGCCAGUCACUUCUACGCCUCUCAUUUUUUUCGCUGAUCGAUGAGCGACACUGUACCCAAUGUGUACAGCAACAUACGAAGCACAGAAAGAAUCAAUGAUCAGGAGCUGAAGCUGGCGCUUGAAGGUGCAAGCUGGCACGAUGAGUUCAAAGGUGCGUGAUCUCCAAGGUGUGAGUGGUAAAGGUCGGCCACUGCUGACUCUGAUUCUCUUUGGCAGACUCUGCAUACAUCUUUGUCGGAGGUCUGCCGCUGGGCCUAACCGAAGGGGAUGUCAUCACGAUCUUCUCCCAGUACGGCGAGAUCCUGGACAUAUCCUUGCCACGCGCGAAGGAGACGGGAGCAAAGAGAGGCUUUGGUUUCUUGAUGUACGAAGACCAAGGGAGUACAGUGCUGGCGGUGGACAACCUCAAUGGCGCCAAAGUGCUGGAUCGCAUCAUUCGAGUGGAUCACGUCAAGGACUACAAAGGGCCAACCGAAAAGGAUGAUGAGGGGAACAAGAUCGAGCGCACUGAGCCAAGUCGGAAUGCUGCACCAGUCGUUCUUGAUAGUGAGUGAGGGUGUGCAUGAAUCAUCAGCGCCUCGUUCGUGACAGAACAGGCCGAGAGGUGUGCGGCCCUCUCAUCGAUUGCAUCCGCGAGGCUGAAUAGCAGACUAUGCCCCGCCCAUAUUAGCCUCUGCAGCUAUGCCAUCCGCUUCGAAGUUCACUACAGAGGGCGAUCCAGACCUAGAGGACCCGAUGGCAGGAUACCUAGCACGCAAUGGCUCUGCAAGCGGGUCGAGAUCUCAAGCUACGGAUGAUAUCGAGAGGCUGGAGAAGCUCCGGCGCAAAGCGGAGCGGGCGCGAAUCCGAGAAGAGAGAGCUUUCAAGAAGGAGGGGAAGGAAGGGAGAAGCGACAGCGCUAGAGCAGGCAAGCAAACCUCCGAGAGUCGUGACAGGCGCGGGGAAGGGAAUAGGCGAGAACGCAGGAGGAGCAGAAGCAGGAGCGCUGAAGGAGAGUGGAAGCGAAAUCCGGCGGAAAGAGACCGCGACGCACGGGAUCGGGACAGACGGCGGGACGACGAUGGCAGACGCUAUGAUGGGCACGGAGGGCAGCAUCGUCGACACAGAUAG